AUGGAACCAGGAGGAAGGGGAGGUGGGUUUGGGUACGAAAGUUUACAAAGCAAUAAGCCUCUCAUAUAUCGAUCCACUCCUUCAUUAACAGCCAUAGACAGGUUUUUAUGGGGUCAAAGCUGUCAUUCCAAUUCCGAGCAGCAGCCACAAAACAAUGCGAGAAACAAAGAAACAACACCGAAUGGAUUGACUGGUGGUGGUACUUUUUCUUCAUUUAGUGGUGCAAUUAGUGGUUAUGGAGGUGAAGUUUUGUGGCCAAACAUCCAAGAGUUGAGCUUUGUUGAUGGUGAGAGUGCUCUAAUAAACAGUUCAUAUGGUAGAAACCUUAACGUGCAUUCGAAAGAAGAAACAAAAGUUGCACCAAAGAGUAGUUCUAAAGGGACUGUGAAAAAGGCUAAGAAAGGAUCUUCUCAAGCUUUGAUCAAGGGGCAAUGGACUGAUGAAGAAGACAGGAAACUGAUAAAGUUGGUGAAGCAAUAUGGAGUACGAAAAUGGGCUCAAAUAGCUGAGAAGAUGGUUGGUAGAGCGGGAAAGCAGUGUCGUGAGAGAUGGCACAAUCAUUUGCGCCCUGAUAUUAAGAAAGAGAGCUGGAGUGAAGAAGAAGAGAGAUUGUUAGUUGAAGCUCAUGGCAAAGUUGGGAAUCGAUGGGCGGAGAUUGCUAAGUGCAUUCCUGGAAGAACUGAAAAUGCCAUAAAAAACCACUGGAAUGCCACAAAAAGAAGGCAGAAUUCAAGGAGAAAAAACAAACAAACACAAAAGCAAAAGGCUUCAAAUUCAAAGCCUCAAUCUUCUGUGCUUCAAGACUACAUAAGAAGCAAGAUAAAUCUAAUCAACACCACACACACCAUCAUUACCGCUGCCGCCACCCCAGCUAGCUCCACCGUAUCGGAAGACCCCUCAACGUAUUUCAAUUACUGUCUUCCGGACUUAUCUGAAACCACCACCAAUGAUUCUCCACCACUGAUUACUGAAACAUAUGAUGAAGAACUAGUCUUCAUGCAAAACUUCUUUGCCAACAACUGUUACAAUCAAUCCUCCAUUCAAUAUGAUGGAACCAAGAAUCUAAUGAUUUCCUCAUCAGGUUUCGAUUCUUCUGAUCAUCAACAACUCACCGACGUUGCUGAUUAUCAAUGUGGUUUCUCUUCCACUCUAAACCAAAACAUAUCCCUUAAUGGCCUUCAAGUGCAAGACACUCACACUACCCACCUGUAUUCUGAUCUUGGCUUGUCUCAUCUGUUGAACGGAGCCAACAUUUCUUCAUCUCCCGUUGAUUAUGGCUACAAUAGUUACACGACCAUGGAGUACUUCCAGGGAGAUAAUCAUCAGGCCCUUCAAUAUGGAAAGAAAGAGAUGGACUUGAUUGAGAUGAGGAGAAGUUUUGGAGUUCAAUGUUCAUCUUCGAGGAAGGUUGUUUCUCGAGUUGAAUCUGAGGUUGUUUCUAUGGAGGAAGAAGAGUCAAGGCAUGUUAUGAGGUUCAAGAUGUCUGAUUUCAAGAUUCUUGAUUGUGUUAGCCUUGGCCUUGCUAGGCAGGUUGAUGAGGUUGUUUUUGAAGCCAUUGUGAAUGAUUCUAACAGAUUGCAACCCUUUGUAGAACACAAGAGUUGUGCUAGAAAACUAGAUAAAAUGUAA